AUGACGACCAGCGGCAUGUCUGAGGAGGAUGUGAAGAACCGUGCCUUGGCCCAAUAUCCCGACAGAGAUCUGAAGUUCAAAGAUUUUGACCAAUGGGAGGCCUUUCUCGUGGUCAGAGAGUCGCAAAAGUUUUGUGUGGAUGUCGAAUCGGGCUGGAAGCGAACGAAGAUCAACUCUUCCGGUGAGUACAGCAGCAGUGCUGCUUCAAACCCCGAGUGGCAAACACACAUUCGGGAAGAAGUGGAGCAAGUAUGUCGGGGCCGAGUCCCUGACGUAGACAUGCUACGUGAGAUGAAUCAGCUACACAUGGUGAUUCAAGAAACAAUGAGGUUGUAUACCCCGACGCCAUCCCUGAGUAGGGAGGUGGCGAAAGACACGAAGAUAGGGAACGUGCAUGUGCCUAAGGGCGUGAUCUUGUGGAUCAUGGUGGCCACGUUGCAUACGGACCCUGACAUAUGGGGUCCGAAUGCGCUCCAAUUCAAGCCAGAGAGGUUCCAAAAUGGAAUCUCCUGUGCGUGCAAGAGCCUGAAUUGCUACAUGCCCUUUGGGUUUGGACCACGUGUGUGUGUCGGGCAACAUCUGGCCAUGGUGGAGCUUAAGUACCUCAUUGCUCUAAUCAUCUCCAACUUCUCCUUCACUUUGUCUCUCAAAUAUGUCCAUAAGCCAGAGUUUACCACCAUGAUAGAGCCUAAGCAUGGCGUUAACAUUUUAAUUAGCAAGAUUUAAUUAAGAUCAG